CUAUCGUGUUGUCUAGCUGCUGCCGUAAAGAGCCCAGAGUUCUGCCUGUUCCAGACACCCACAGCUCUUUGUGUAACGUGUUUCCCCGUGUUCUCCAGCCCAAAUGAAACCCCUUUUAGUUUCCAGUUGUGAUGCUCGUGUCACUACUGAGUGAUAAACAGUCCCUGGAGCUGUUCAGCUGAGGAGAUUUAUCUCUGAAGAUGAUGUCAGUAUAGAGAUAUAAUCUGUAUAUAAUGAUCCUUGAGGCAGCUCUACUCUGAGCUCUUUCUAGGGCAAUAAUAUUUUGGGUGUGGUUUGGUGACCAAGACUGAAAACAGUGUUUAGCAUGACAUUGAGUGUGCCCUCCCUGGGGUGGCAAAGAAAUUGUCAAAGCAUGUUUCAUCCUUGAUAAAUGACUCAGUCAGAUCAGAUUUCUUUCCCCAAAAGCCUACCUUUCAGCUAUGUGUCAUCUUCUGCUUUGUGUUCGCUUACAUGCCUGCCCGCCUGCCUGUGGCUCCUGCUCUGUGUUCGCCUGUCUGCCUGUCAUCUGCGUCCCGGCUUCUGCUCUGUGUUCGCCUGCCUGCCUGUUGUCUGCGUCCCGGCUCCUGCUCUGUGUUCGCCUGUCUGCCUGUCAUCUGCGUCCUGGCUUCUGCUCUGUGUUCGCCUGCCUGCCUGUCAUCUGCGUCCCGGCUCCUGCUCUGUGUUCGCCUGUCUGCCUGUCAUCUGCGUCCCGGCUCCUGCUCUGUGUUCGCCUGCCUGCCUGUCAGCUACUUCUUGUCUUCUGCUCUGUUCCCCAGGAGAAGAACUCCAGCCACGAGGUGACGGUCGUGCUGUUCUCACGGACGUUUUACGAUGCCAAGACUAUCGAGGAGUUUCCCGAGAUCCACCGAGGCUCCAUCUGUCAGGACCACGAGGGCCGGUUCUACGAGGACUUCUACAGGGUGGUGGCCCAGAACGAGCGGCGCGAGGAGUGGACGUCUCUGUUGGUCACCAUUAAGAAGCUGUUUAUCCAGUACCCCGUGCUGGUGCGGCUGCAGGGCACAGAGGACUUCCCCAGGGGACACAACUCCACAGCCGCUGAGGGAAACUACCUGGAGGCCAUCAACCUCUCCUUCAACGUGUUUGACAAGCACUAUAUUAACCGGAACUUCGACCGGACGGGUCAGAUGUCCGUGGUGAUCACUCCAGGGGUGGGUGUGUUCGAGGUGGACCGGCUGCUCAUGAUCCUCACCAAGCAGCGCAUGAUCGACAACGGUGAGGACACCCGCGCGCCCCCCAAAAACCCCUCAUCCUGCCCUCGUCCCUCAGAUUCCCAGAGCCUAGCGGUCCGAUCCGCUCCGGGUUUUACAGUGCUGUCGAUCUCUAGCGGUCUAGCUCUCAGCUGGAGAGAGUGGAGAGUCAGUAGGUGAGCAUCUGUAGACUGUUUUAAAGGGAGUGAGUGGAACAGAGUGUUGUCAUGGAAACUGCAGGUUACUCCGCCAGCAGGAAGCUGUGUUUCCUGGAAGGGUGCUGGAGUUUGCCAGGUG